AGUCCUGUAUCCCAAAGUGAUGUUAGAGAAAGAGCAAAAGCAGCAUUAUUAGCAGGUUAUUCAUCAUCUUCAUCAGAAGAAAGUGACGAGGAUAGAGAUGAAGACAAAAACACAAUAGAAAUUACAAAAGUAAAUUCAUCCGAUGCAUCGCCAGCAAAAUCAUCCCAGUCAUCGAGAAAUAAUCUGCCAGAUGGUGAGUUAAACAAAUAUAAAUGUCCAGUCAGUUUGAUAAAUAGUCGUACUUCCACUAACAUUUAAUUUGCACAGAAAUCACUAAUCUAAAAAAAAACAAUAAAAAAAUAUUAUUCUCAAGACACUCAAGGUUCUACAAUUCAUUUUUUUUUUAUAAAUAGAAAAAUCCAAAAGUUUAAAUAAAAUUGGUUUUAAUUCAACAGGAAUAGAAUUUUUAAAAAUAAUUUUUUAUGCACUUUGAUUGGCACCUGGUCCCAUGCAUAACUUGUGCUGUCAGUGGCUCUUUUUAGGUGAUGAGUUAGUUAAAAAAAUAAUUAGUUCUCUUAAGAUAUCUGAAGAAAUAACUUUUGAAUAACAAUAACACAAAAAGUUUUUUUUUUUUAUGUCAAAAAUGACCCGUGGAAUUUUCCAGAUUUCUUUGAGGAUGAUGAGCCAGCAGCUGCAGAGACCUCACUUAAUAAGAAGAUGUCAGAAGUUUUACCAGAAGGUUUCUUUGAUGAUCCUAAAAUGGAUGCAAAGGUUUGUGACCCCCCAAGAAAUUUCAGAGCAGAACUAAGCAUCGAACACAAACAAUAGUAAUAGUAGUAGAAUAAAAGACUAAGAUGAACAGAAAUAUUUAAGAUAAGAUUCUUUUAUUGAUCCAAAUAAAUGGAAAUGUUUUUUGAUUGCAUUAUACAUUUUCAGCACAAAAAUAAAACAAUUUGAACACAAGACAUUUAUAAUAAAUUAUUUCAAACAGCCAUUCAGUGAGUUCUCUUAGCAAAAUCAGGGACUUAUUAGUUCCCAUUCAGAUGUGUGACUCCAGAGGAAGCACGCUGGUAAAUUCAUACAGAUUGGGGAACAAAAGAAUUUUUAUAUAAUUUUUAAGAAUUCGUCGGGAACGGCCCGAUCCUAAGUAUCUGUGAUGAAGCGGGUGGGAUGUAUUAUCCAAAAUGUGUUAAGUUUUACAAAAACAUCUUUCUUCAAAUAGUUCUUCAAGUGAAGGAUGUUUAAUUUGUGUUAUGUUCCUAGCUUUCUUGAUUAGUUGGUUUAUGCGGUGUUUAAUAUCAGAAUUUGAAUUCCCACACCAGCAGAUAAUACUGAAAUAAAGCAGGCUUCCAAUUGUUGCACUGUAGAAUAAGUUAACGACUUGUUUGUUUACGCCGAAAUUGUUCAGUUUUUUGAGGUAGAGUAGUCUUUGGUUGAACUUCUUAUACAGCAUUGGCCGUGCUCAUGCUGUGUCAGCUCAUUAUUAAUGGUGACACCUAAGAACUUGUAUGCCUCCACUUUAUCCACAUUUUGAUUUUUUAUGUUGAGAUGUGUAAUCUGGUGUUUCCCCCUCCUGAAGUCAACAACCAUUUCUUUAGUUUUUGACACAUUCAACUGGAGAAAAUUUUCAUCGCACCAAUUGAUAAAGUUUGUAACUAAAUUGCGCUAAGGGAUUUCUUCAGAUAUUAAGCCAACAAUGGUGGAAUCAUCAGCAAAUUUUAAGAUUGGAAUGGUGUCCCUUGAGCUUUGAAUAUCAUUUGUACCGUAUAUAAAUUUGUAAAUAAACAAAACCUAAAAACAAAUUUUUUUUGUAUAAAAUGUAAUACACAGUGGGGCUGAAAAUUUGACAAAACAUGCAUACAAGUAACGCACUUAAUAAGAAUUCCAAUUUGUGCUCCCCAACCCCCCUGAAAUAUAUUAUUAUUCUAACGACCCACCCACUUUUACACUGCAAAUAUUACACACCAAACCCUGUAAUAUUUUUUUAAUUUCGUGAAAUUAGUGUCAUCAUAUUUUUUUCAUCUCCGCCUUGUAAACAUGAAAAACUAAUUACUGUGGGGUAUGGCUGAAAAUUUGGUAGAAAAAUAUUGUCAUUAACGAGUCUUUGUGCAAAGUUUCAGCUCAAUAGCUUAACUGGGAUUGGGUCAAUAAGCUGUCACAAGAUUUUGCCAGCCAGCCACCCACAAAUAAAAGCAAAGUUAAUUUAAAAUAGAAAUAUAUCAGAAUAUUUAUUGUUAAAAUUUAUGACUUCAUCUCCUUAGGUUAGAAAAGUUGAGUACAAAGACAAGGACGAAGAACAGUGGGAGUUGUUCCAGAAAGCAAUCAAAGAAGAGGCACAGGUAAGAACAGUUUAUGGAUAUCACCUGGUAAUACUGUUAGCAAAGCAUACUGUUAAAACAAGCCAAACAAUAAAAUAUAACAUUAACCCAUUCAAACUCGUACACUGAACUCGGCUUAAAACAGGGAGUUUUACACAAAUGUUUUAUUAUGAUAUUAGUUAUUACCAGCAGAUCUGUGUUCAUUAUUUUAGUAAUUGCUUAGUUUCGUGACGACUGUGGGCAGUCUAGAACUUUGCUUUAGUUAGCAAAAGAUUUGGAAAUUGAAAUAUAAUCAUCUAGUAACUGCUUAUAAAUACAGCUCACUUUCUUUCAUUUAAAAAAAAAAUGAUCUCCUUCACCCUAUGCUGGACUAAAGCAGCAUUUAGAAAUAAGUGUUUUAAACUAGAUGUGCUUGAUAGUGUGGAUAAAAGUUUAACAAAUAUUUUGUCAACAGAUAGCACAUUUUGAUGUCAUUCUGUGUACUUACAUUAAUAAACCUAACAUAUCAAUUAUCUUUCAGGUAUCUGAGGUAAUCAUGGAAGAGGAAGAUGAGCAAGUUAAUAUUGACAGAAACAUAGACGAAAUAGAUGACCAAAUGUAUGUUUCUCCAAAAAUAUCUAGCUUUUUAGAAAUCUUUCUUACAUCAUUGUCAAUGCCACACUCUUGUCAAUCCACACUCUUGCCAAAUCCACACUCUUGUCAAUGCCACACUCUUGUCAAUGCCACACUCUUGUCAAUGCCACACUCUUGUCAAUGCCACACUCUUGUCAAUCCACACUCUUGCCAAAUCCAGGCAAUGGAGCAGCAUUGGUAUAACAGCAACCAGAGACACUUGAGAAUAAAUAGUCUCCCCUUUUCUAUGCAAAUUCAAUUUUUUGGUCAAAUUUUAUGCUUUUUGACACAAGCAGAAGGACAAAUUUGUUCAGUGGAUACAUCACAACACUGUGGCCAUAUUAAAUACUGUGUUUUUGUCAAACGGCCUAACAAGGAACAUACCAUCGUACUGAUACUGAUUACCGGUAUGUCUGUGAUGGCAAUACUGAUUAUGUCUGUGAUGGCAAGCAGAUAGCUACUGAAGUCAAUGCUUUGAAAGAACAUUUAUUUCAUGUAGGAGCAAGGGGUGGGGUGGGCUUUUGUUCUGUGAAGGUUGCUCCUUGGAUGUUCGUUCUCAUUUUCAUUUAUCUGAGUUGAUGCAAAAAACGCUCAUGGUAUCUUUGGAGAGUUUCCUCUGACCUUCACGGGACCCCUUGCCAUGCUCAAGCUCACCAUGAAAUAUUCUCUUUAGCAGCUAGGGGUCUUCCAAGGUUGUACCCCCAUAGCUGGGAUAAUAGUGCUCAAAAUAAAAAUUCUUCUUUGUUUAAAAUUAAGCGCCUGAGGAUUAACAGUAUCAAUAAAUAUACUUAGUUAAUGCUAUAGCUAAACAACACUUGACCUUAUAAAUCUUUCAAUUAACUUUCAGUCAAAGGUGGCAAGAAGUGGAAAAGUUACAUGUGAAAAAGGAAAUAAUUCUCAAGAGCUCAAAAAGUGAAGGACCAAAGAAAACAGAGACAGGAGAUGAUGUGGAGGAUGGCGAGCUGGAUGAAUUCUUGGACUGGAGAGCCAAAAAAUCAUUAAAAUAACAUAAACUUUAACUCUGUAAAAUAGUGGUUACUUUGUAAAAAUUAAUGUAUCCCAACAAGACCUAUGCAUGGGGGCCAUCCAUUAGUCAUAUACACACAAAAAAAAAAUUCACCCCCCCCCCUCCCCCAUUGGACACUUUCUUUUUAUCACCCUCCCUCAUGCAUAGGUAUAAUGAGCUUUAAAAAGAAGAGGAAAUUUAUGCACCAACAAAACCUUUUUAUUUAAAGACAUUAUGACGUCACAUUACAAAAAUGUGAAAUAGGUUUUCACCACUCUUUAGCAAGCCCAGUGGUACCCAGAAUAUACGCAUUAUCACGCUGGGCAACAACAUGAAAGGGGGGGGGGGCAUCAAAUUGGACUUUAGAUAGGACCUUAAUAGUGAAUUGAACAAUAAAAUCCCAUAAAGACAAGGGGUUUAAAAAAUUGUCUUUUUACUGGAUGAUUUGGGGGGGGGGGGCACUUGUUUUUCUAUAUCUAAUAUAUUGAGGGGCCCUUUUUUCCUUGUCAUGGCCUUAUUCUGGUUUGCUGCAGCUUCCUCCCAGGGGUACUGCAAAAUAUUACACAACUUUCAUAAUUAUUUCCAAUUUUAAUCCAAUGAGACAUCCAGUGAUCUUGGUGCAAACAGUAACCGGAUGAGCAACUACUGUUUGCAGUUACUAGAUGACGUUUGGUGACCUACAUGCCACUUGGUGAAAACCCAUAUUUGGCAACGGCGCCGGAAAUUGAAAAGUUGCACCUUUGGUGUAGCUGAAAAAAAUACAUCACACACGUAUAACGUACUGUGAACUAAAUAUUAUUGUAAUACUACUACUUAUUAAUAAUAUAAGAGAGAUAUCUAGCUAGUUCAAAAGGUAAAAUUCUGUUUCAUUCAAAACUUCUUUUUGAAAUCUUCACUGUUGCAACUUUUAAAUUAAUAACCAAUGUUUAUGACCUGCUAACCGUAUGUACAUAUAAUGUAGUUUGAUGUGACCAGUAGUGUUCAUGUGUACAAGAAAUGUUAGUUUUUUUUUUUUUGGUGACAGAAGUUGAGAAAAUAAUUUAGUAUAAAUGCACUGGAAAUAUUGAAUAAAUAUUAUGAAAUUUG